GGGGCCCGGCUGACAGCGCCCGUCCCGCAGGCCGUGGUGAAGGCACUGGAGCAGCUGGCGCAGCAGGGCCGCAUCCGCGAGAAGGCCUACGGGAAGCAGAAGAUCUACUUCGCCGACCAGGAGAAGCUCCCGGCCGCCAGUGAUGCAGAGCUCCGCGGCCUGGAUGGGGAGAUUGCCGUGCUCUCAACAAAGGUGCAGGCACUGCAGCAGAGCUGCCGGCAAAUGGAGGCGGGGGAGUGUGCCUUGAAGGACCUGAACAACUCCAUGACAACUCCUGAGAUAGCCAGGGAGAUUGAGGAGUUGAGGAACAACUGCGCGAGUUACACGGAGAAACUGGAGAGGAUUAAGUCUGCCACCAACCAUGUCACUCCGGAAGAAAAAGAGAAGGUCUGUAGUGAGCAGAAGCUGUACUGCAAGGAGUGGCGGAGGAGGAAGCGAAUGGCAACUGAGCUGCUAGAAGCCAUCCUGGAGGGGUACCCCAAAAGCAAGAAGCAAUUCUUUGAGGAGGUUGGGAUAGAGACAGACGAGGACCAUAAUGUCACGCUGCCAGCAGUUGUGUGA